CGGCGCGCGCGGGGAGGCGCUCACCUUCCGCCACGAGCUGCUCGUGAGGCGCGCGUCCGACAACUUCACCACCAUCCCGCUCCGGUACGCCGUCAAAGUCGACAGCUCCGUGCUGGGCGCAGACUGCGAUUCUUAUGCAAUUUACUUCGAUGAAAUUUUAUGGAGACAAUACGAUUCAGCUAUGUUUAAUCUGAAUAUCGAGGAUGCCUGCGAUUUUGUUGAGUUUACCGAAAGGAUAGAUGUCGUGGAGCCGCUUCAGGAAUUUACCAUGCUGCGACGUAACCCACGCCACGACGAAGAAAUAGCUCUAUAUAAGAGAGAUUAUAGACGAGACUACUUAGAUAAAAUAGAAGAAGCGGUACGCAAGAACCUGUUGAUGCAGUAUGUUCGAUACUUAGAGUCCGCCAACCGGCAGGGCGCCAGCUUGGAGAUGGAAAUCAAUUUCUUGUCGGAUCGACUGGAUGUUGAAUUGGAGGAACUGCGGGGCGCGGCGCGGCCCACGGAUGGCGACUUUGGGGAGGCUUUCCCUCACUCGCCUGAAGAGAUAGAGGCACUGAAAAAGAGUCUGCCGCGUAGAUUCGACUGGCGUCGCCGCGGUGGUGUCACCCACGUGCGCCAUCAAAAAUGUGAAGCGUGCUGGGCGUUUGCUACGGUGGGCGCGGUAGAGGGCGCGCUGUUCGUGGAGACCGGCCGCCUCGUGCCGCUCAAUGAGCAGGCAAUCAUUGACUGUGCUAUGCCAGGCCGCAAAUGCAAGCCCUGGUGGCCAAGCCGCGCCUACAGCUAUAUAAAAGAUAGAGGCUUACCUGCGCUCGAUGAAUAUACACCACACCAAAACCAAACCCUGACAUGUCGCGCGGACAGCGUGCCGUCCGUUACACACAUCAGCGGAUACGUCAACAUCACCAAUGACCCCACCGCGUUGAAGGUCGCGAUCAUGAAGUAUGGACCCGUCGUCGUGCUCAUGGAUGUCUCACCAACAACGUUCAAAGGCAUCAAAAAAGGAACUGUUUUUCAAGAUGACAACUGUAAUAAAGAAAAACCGAACCACGCCAUGAUAGCGGUGGGGUGGGAGGUGUUCCGCAAUAAGGAUUGCUUCAUCUUAAAGAACUCGUGGUCGUCUCAUUGGGCCGAUAGUGGAUUUGUGAGAGUCCGAGUAUCGAACAACACGUGCGGCAUGCUAAACAUGGCGACGUAUCCGCGCCUGCGAUACCAAGACGUGAGGCGUCUUCCCACCAAACUGCCUGUCUCUCCCUAGAGUCGGUCGCCAUAUCUGAGGAUCGCCUGAACAACAACUUUGACUAUUAUGACCGGUUUAUUGUUACCUAAGUUUUGACCAGUGCUAGUCAAAAACUCCUAUCCCAUAAAUGGCAAGUUGUCCUGAUCUAAUACUUUUUCAUACAUUUCGAAUGACUGUACUAUAUUUUUUUCAUGCAUCAAUACAGAUCUUAUCAGAUUGGCUCAAAAGGCAGUGCAUAGCGUAGCAAACUGCUACGUAGCAAAGAAUGAUGCUUCUACAAGCUCAACAUCUAUUUUCGCUUGUUUUAAGGACAGUUGAAUGGAAACUUUAAGCUUCUUCACGUGCUUGCCGAGGCACAGAAGUCCUUGAU